AAAGCUCAAAGUUAAUUUUUAUCAAAACUAAAAGGAUGGAUGAUCCAGAAUCAGAAUGGGAAAUCAAAGAAUCAUCAACCGAUGGAAAACUAAGUUGGGUUCUGAGAUUGGGCAGGAAUAUUUUGGUGACUGGAAUUGUUGUAUCCUCCAAUUAUGACUAUUUCUGCUAUUGGGUUGGUCUGUUCUGUCCCUUAUGGUGUCUUGUUGGUAAGCUAUGCUUGCACCGAGACCUUAAUGAGUAGGUUACUUCCAAUGCCUUCCCCACCUCCCCUAUUGUUGUUGGAAUAUGGUAAGCCAUUCGAUGAUGAUAACGAGUUGAGCGAGCAUGAAUCAGUUGAACAAGUAGAUGAAAUUGUGGAGGAAAUUAGGUAUGAGGAUGAUGAUAGGAAUGAAAGGCCAUCCGAAAGUUUUGAGGAAGUUGAGGAAAUAACAGGAUUGAAUUUCCAGAAGGAAACAUCACUGGGAUCUGAAAAUAUGGAAGAUGAAAAGGAAUUAGCAGGAGAUAUGAGGCAGAGUGUUGAGAAAGUAGGUGCACGGAGAAACGAAGAAAGAAGACUAAGUCGAAAGAAUGAUGAAUUGGUGAGAAGUUCAAGGGGAUCAUUAGAAAGAAACAUAAAAGAGGGUACAAGCUUAGAUGCAGCAGAAGAUAAGCAGGGUGGGGAACAAGAACAAGUUGACGCUGAGGUAAAAAUAUUGAAUGGGGAUGAUGGAACAACGAGAAGGAAACAUGACCAACCCAUUGUAGAUUCAGCUGAACAGCCAGUAGCUGAUAAGGUUAUAGGUCCUAUAGAUGGCCUACAUGGAAGUGAGGAGGGGAUAAGGAAGCACCACUUGAUGUUAACCAGCGAACAACCAAAAGAGAUGGAGGUUUGGGGAACAAUUGAAGUUAAUGAUGAACUAUAUGUCGAUGGAACUCAUGGAAGUAUGACUGAACAGCCAAUAGAGGAGGUAGAUGUCCAUUUAUCACAUUCUACUGGUAUUGGAGAGGACGAAGAGUUAGUAAAGGAGAAUAGGGGAUUAUUAGAAAAAAUCCGGGACGAGGGGAAGAAAUCUGAGGAAAUGGAUGUUGAGAAAAGGGCUCAAUCAAUGGGUACGGUGGGUGAAAUAGUGCUUUAUGAUAGCAUUACUAAGGGGUUUACAGUCAAAAGUGCUACAUUGAUAAGAGGAGGAAAAGCAGAUGUUAACGAAUAUAUUGUAGAACCAAAUUAUCGAUUGAAUAAGGAAGGAUAAAGGCUGGUUUUUUCAGAUGAAAAUGAAACUGGAAUCGAUGAAGAACAAGCUGUUGACAUGUUAGAAAAUGCAAGUACAAUUAGUCUGCAGGGCUCCCCUCCAGAAGUGAACACUGAAGAAAAUCAGCCUUCAUCAGUUUACUCAGUUCACCAAGAAGCUUCUGAUUCUUCAGAUCUUCCUGUUUCUACGAAAACUGAGGGAGCAGAAUCAGCAGAUGACAUUCGAAUUUCUGCUGAAAAUCUCAUUGAUGCCACUUCCAACGAGGGUGAGGAGAAGAUUUGGGAACAGAUGAAUGCUCUGAGAAAAAUAGUUGGGUAUGAAGCUGCAAGAAAGGAAACAUGCGUAGAAGAAUUGAAAGCUCUGUAUUUGUUCACUGGAAUACAGCCCCCGGCAUCCUUGAAGGACACUUGUGAUCUCGUCGAAGUUGAUGUGAAGCUCGGGUUUCUCAAGUCUGUGGUUGGAGUUGAGUAGGAAUGAGGUUCAUUAUGGACUUGCUUUGAGAUAUUUUGAUAGUUUCAUUUUCU